AUGCAUGCCGCUCCCCCUCCGUACAGUCCACCGGAGGGACCAAUACCAUCCGCACCGUAUGCAUAUACCGCUCCCACCUCUGUUGCUCCACCGUACCCGGGUAGUCACGCCCCCUAUCCGGUGGCUGGUGCCACACCGGGUCAAGCUCCGCAAAUCGGUUUUGUCAUUCCGACUUCAGCCGCCCCGACUUACACGUCUUACAAUGUCCCACCAAGGAGACGGGGGAGUCAGAAUCAGUGCCAGGGCAAUUCGGUUGAUUGCGUUCUAGCUAUUGAGGCGAUUCAAGAGUCGUUGAACCGUUUGGCAAUUGAGGUUACUCGCUAUCUGGUCUGUCAUUUGCACCUUCAAAGUGCACAAUGUUGUCGCUAG